UUAUUUCAUUCAAGAAUAAUAAGAAGAAUUACAUAUAUAGCAAAGCAACAUUUAUGUUCAGGAAAAAAUCGACGGUUCACUUGAAAAACUGAGGCUUAUAAUGAAAGUUUUCAUACUUCAAUUUAUAGGAGUUCUCUUCUUUUCUGGCCUUUUAUUUAGUCAAGCUUCUGUUCAUCGUCAUCGAUUUGUUGUGAAAGAAGCUCCAUACACUAGGCUUUGCAGCACAAAGAACAUCUUAACUGUCGAUGGCCAAUUUCCAGGGCCUGUUCUUUAUGCCAAUACAGGGGAUACGUUUGUUGUCGAUGUCUAUAACCAAGGAAGCCAAAAUAUAACCAUUCAUUGGCACGGUGUGAAACAGCCAAGAUAUCCGUGGUCAGAUGGUCCUGAAUUUAUUACUCAGUGCCCGAUUCGACCGGGAACAAAUUUCAGUCAAACGAUUAAGCUUUCAGAUGAGGAGGGCACAUUGUGGUGGCAUGCUCAUAGCGAUUGGUCGCGAGCUACCGUGCAUGGUGCUAUUGUGAUACGUCCUGCAAAUAAAACUCAAUAUCCUUUCCCUAAACCUGAUGGUGAAAUACCUAUCAUAUUAGGAGAAUGGUGGAAGAGUGAUGUACAAGCAGUGCUUAAUGAUUUUGUGGCAAGUGGAGGAGAUCCAAAUAUUUCAGAUGCGUACCUUAUAAAUGGUCAACCAGGGGAUUUAUAUCCUUGCUCAAGAAAUGGUACGUACAAGCUAACAGUUGACGAUGGCAAGACAUAUUUGCUACGAAUGGUCAACGCUGUAAUGAACAAUCAAAUGUUCUUCUCCAUUGCAAAUCAUCAACUCACAGUCGUAGGAUCAGAUGGUGCCUAUUUAAAGCCAUUCAAAGCAAAUUAUAUCAUAAUUUCCCCGGGUCAAACAAUUGACUUAUUGCUUGAAGCAAAUCAACCCCAUAACCACUAUUACAUGGCUGCACGAGCAUACAGUAGCAACCCUGGAAUUACAUUCGAUAACACGACCACCACCGCUACACUCCAGUAUCGGGGAAAUUACACCCCGACCCAACCACCAUCGUUCCCGAAUUAUCUCCCUAAUAACACUGAUACGAAUGCAUCGGUCAGUUUCACAGGGAAAUUCCGAUUUUUGGCUACCAAGACACAUCAAUUGGACGUACCACUGAACGUUACGAACAAUUUGUUGUUUACUUUUUCUAUCAAUACGUUGCCUUGUGCAAAUGAGUCGUGCCAAGGACCCAACGGAGAUAGAUUCGCUGCUAGUGUGAAUAAUAUAAGUUUUGUUUUGCCUCGAAUUGACAUACUUGAGGCUUAUUAUAGGGAUAUUAAUGGGAUUUAUGGAGAUGAUUUUCCUAGUGUUCCACCUUUGAGAUUCAAUUUCACAGGAGAUUCAAUUCCUGUGGAAUUUCAAACAGCUGAUAGGAGAACUGAAGUGCAUGUUCUUGAAUAUGGAUCAAAGGUGGAGCUUGUUUUUCAAGGGACUAAUUUAUUAGGUGGACUUGAUCAUCCUAUUCAUUUGCAUGGACAGAGUUUUUAUGUGGUUGGUUUGGGUCUUGGAAAUUUUAAUAACAGGACGGAUCCUUUGAAUUAUAAUGUUGUUGAUCCUCCUCUGCAAAAUACUAUUGCGGUUCCUAGGAAUGGAUGGGCAGCUGUCAGAUUCACAGCAAAUAAUCCUGGUGUGUGGUUUUUGCACUGCCAUUUCGAACGUCACUUGACCUGGGGAAUGGAUAUGGCAUUCAUUGUUAGAGAUGGAAAAGGCUCUGAAGAAAAACUUCUGCCUCCACCUCCAGAUAUGCCCAAGUGUUGAUUCAAUCAUAUAUUGACAAAAUAAAUUUUAUUAAAUUUGGCUCCUCACAUAGAGGCAUCGAAUUAAUAGUUUGCAAAAUGCCUAGGAAUAUAUUUUUUUAAAAUGGAUUGUAUUUUAUUUGUUUGUAUGACUUAGCUUUGUAUUGUUUAUGAUACAGAUUUUAGAAUGUAUUCUAAAUGUAUAACGGAUCAUGAAUAAAUGAAAGUCUUUUUUGCUUUUUU